UUGAGAUCCUUUGAGAUCUAUAUAAACCCCUCUUUGGUCGUUGUUUGUUUUCAACUACACUGCACUACACUACACACUACACUAUCAACACAACAUAUUGAUCCUCUAGUAUCAUUCAUACCAUACUACAUACAUCAUGUCUCCCACUCCGUUUGGCCAGAUCUGGAGCUAUCCUAAUAACCCCAGGGUUAUGAAGGCCCAAGCAGCAGCAAACAUCAACAACCUCUCCGUCCCCUACGUCCCGGACUUCGUCAUGCGCGAAACCAACCAAACCCCCUCCUUCCUCGCCAAAUUUCCCCACGGCAAAGUCCCCGCCUUCGAAUCCGCCGACGGCAAAGUCACCCUCUUCGAGUCCGACGCCAUCGCGCAGUACAUCGCCGACAGCGGGCCCGCCGCUGACCAGCUGCUCGGCGAGACGCCGCUCCGCCGCGCGCUCAUCAGGCAGUGGAUCUGCUUUGCGGACGGCGACGUCCAGAACCCUGUUAUUGACCUUGUGUUGCCGCGGAUGAAGUAUCGCGCUUUUGAUGCCGCUGUGGAGGAGGCGGCUGUUGGGAAGAUUGAGAGGGCGUUCCGUACGCUGGAGAAGGCGCUUGAGGGGCAGGAGUGGCUUGCCGGUGGGGAGAAGGUUAGUCUGGGGGAUAUUACGGUGGCGAGUGCGCUGGUUUGGGGCUUCUCGACUGCUAUUGAUAGGGAGAUUAGGGAGAAGUUCCCUAAGGCGAUGGAGUGGUAUAAGAGGGUUGUGGAGACGCAGGGUGUGAAGGAGGCGUUUGGGGUGCUGCAGUAUGUGGAGAAGAGGGAGGUUCCUGUUUAGAUCUUUUAUAUUUGUCUAUUCAGCUAGGUGAAUUUAGCUGGUUUGUUUUGAGUCUGUUGUUUCUUCAUUGUAGAUUGUAUUGUCUUCUGUUGUCUUUGGUCGGGUUGUAUGCUGCGCUCGCGGGGGAUACUAUACUAUCUAGUAGGGUUUGAAACUUGAUCCUCAGAGUAAUGAGCCAAGUUCCUCCGUAUCACCUCCACAUCCUCGUCCGAAAACCCCAGUCGAAUAGUCAAAUACCCAACAACAC